AGUCCGGGAACCUGUGAAAUGUCCCUGUCCUCAGGCAGUGGAAGGUAGAGGCCAGUGCUCCCGGCACUCUAUGACCCUGUCCUGAACCCUGAGGACCAUGAGGGAGCUGCCUUCCGUCAGCUGCUGGUGCCUCUGGCUGCUGUUAUCUUUCUGCCCUUUCCAGGUAAUGUCCCCAAGAGGCUGUGGCUGUCUCUGGGUGGACCUCUGCGGGGGGCGCUCCCCUGAGUCUCACGGGUUCGAGGUCUUGGCUUCUGCUUCCCAUUACUGGCCGUUGGAAAGCGUGGACGGGAUCCAUGAAUUUCAGGAAACCACUGGAGUGUUACGAACCCACAAGCUCACUCUGCAUCCUUCCCACAAUUCUACCUUUGUUUACACCAAUGACUCCGCUUACUCCAAUUUCUCUUCAACCGUAGACAUCGUGGAAGGGAAGGUGAACAAAGGCAUUUACCUCAAGGAGGAGAAGGGAGUGACACUCCUGUACUACGGCAGGUACAAGACGUCCUGUAUCAGCAACCCGGCGCAGUGUGGCCCCGAGGGGGUCACAUUUUCCUUCUUCUGGAAGACACAAGGAGAGCAGUCCAGACCAGUUCCUUCUGCUUACGGGGGACAGGUCAUCUCUGAUGGCUUCAAAGUCUGCUCCAGUGGUGGUAAAGGCUCCGUGGAGCUGUACACGAGGGACAACUCAAUGACAUGGGAGGCCACCUUCAGCCCGCCAGGUCCCUACUGGACUCACAUCCUGUUCACCUGGAAAUCCAAGGAGGGUCUGAAAGUGUAUGUGAACGGAACCCUGAGUACCUCUGACCCCAGCGGGAAAGUGUCUCAUGCCUACGGGGAGCCCCACGUCAACCUGGUGAUAGGAUCCGAGCAGGACCACACCAAGCGCUACGAGAAUGGAGCUUUUGACGAGUUCAUCGUCUGGGAGCGGGCGCUGACUCCGGACGAGGUUGAGAUGUACUUCACGGCUGCCAUUGGGAAAAAUGUUUUGUUGUCUUCAACACCGCCAAGCUUCUUCACGACACCCACGGCAAGCGCCAUGACGCCAACAGAUGCCUACCAUCCCAUCAUCACGAACCUGACAGAAGAGAGAAAAAACUUCCAAAGGCCCAGGACCGUUCUGCGUUACCUUCAAAACGUGCCCCUCAGCCUGCCCAAUAAAUCCCUCUCGGAGGAAACAGCCCUGAAUCUCACCGAGACCUUCUUAAGAACCGUGGCCAAGGUUCUUCUCCUGCCCAGCUGGACCCACGUGUCGGAGGACAGCGCCGUGGUGCCAGGCCUGAUGGACACCAUCGACACUGUCAUGGGUCACAUAUCUUCCAACCUGCACCCCAGAGAGCCCUGGGUCACCCUCGAGGGCUCCUCUUCCAUGGCAGACUUCUCUGUGGCCAAGGUCCUGUCCCGGACGCUAAGCGCGCCUCACUACCGCUUCCCUGCCCACGGGCAGAGCUACAUCGAGAUUCCUCGUGAGGCUCUUCACAGCCAAGCCUGGACCACCAUCGUGGGCCUCCUGUACCACUCCGUGCACUGCUACUUAAAUAAUAUCCCGCCAGCCAGCACAAAGAUCACAGAGGCAGUGUAUUACAGAGACUGCCCACUGUCUGCUGCUAGCCGCCUGAUUUCUCUCGAGGUGACCCCGCUUCCCACCCUCUCCCAGAAUCUGUCUGCUUCUCCCCUGGUCACCGUCCAUCUCAGGCACAAACUGACUCAUAAGCAGUACAUUGAUGCCACCAAUGACAGUAACCGCUUCUUCCUGUACUGUGCCUUCCUGGACUUCAGCUCCGGGGAAGGCGUCUGGUCAAGCCAGGGCUGUGCGCUCGUGGAGGGAAACCUCACCUACUCUGUCUGCCGUUGUACACACCUCACCAACUUUGCCAUACUCAUGCAGGUGGUCCCUCUGGAGCUCCCGCACGGACACCAGGUGGCGCUGUCGUCCAUCAGUUACAUCGGCUGCUCGCUGUCCGUGCUCUGCCUGGCCGCCACGCUGGUCACCUUUGCUGUGCUGUCUUCUGUCAGCACCAUCAGGAACCAGCGUUACCACAUCCAUGCCAAUCUCUCCUUUGCUGUCCUGGUGGCCCAGGUCCUCCUGCUCAUCAGCUUCCGCAUGCAGCCGGGCACGGUCCCCUGCCAGGUGCUCGCCACACUCCUGCACUACUUCUUCCUGAGUGCCUUUGCAUGGAUGCUGGUGGAGGGGCUGCAUCUCUACAGCAUGGUGAUCAAGGUCUUCGGGUCAGAGGACAGCAAGCAUCUCUUCUACUAUGGGAUCGGAUGGGGGGUCCCCCUCCUCAUCUGCAUUGUCUCCAUGUCAUCAGCCAUGGAUAGCUACGGGAGAGUCAACAACUGCUGGCUGUCGCUGGGGAGUGGCGCCAUCUGGGCCUUCGUGGGCCCUGCCCUACUGGUCAUUGUGGUGAACAUUUGCAUUCUCAUCGCUGUGACCAGAGUCAUUUCCCAGAUCAGCGCUGACAACUACAAGACACAUGGGGACCCCAGCGCCUUCAAGUUGACAGCAAAAGCUGGCGUGCUGCUUCCCAUCCUGGGGACCUCAUGGGUGUUUGGGGUUCUUGCUGUCAAUGACCGGGCUCUGGUCUUCCAAUACAUGUUUGCCAUACUCAACUCCCUGCAGGGUCUUUUCAUCUUCCUCUUCCAUUGUCUCCUGAAUUCAGAGGUGAGAGCUGCCUUCAAGCACAAAACUAAGGUCUGGUCCCUCACCAGCAGCUCCACCCGCAACGCCAACGUGAAACCCUUCAAUUCUGACAUCAUGAACGGGACCCAGCCAGGCACAGCCUCCACUAAGCUCAGCCCUUGGGACAAGAGCAGCCAUUCUGCCCAGCGUGUGGACUGGUCCGCCGUGUGAGCAGAGGCCACCAACCAGGACGGCCUGCCACUCGGAAGAAAUGCGCUCCUCCAAGUAGAGCAAAAGGAACACUGUGCCUCUACUCACGGGACCCUUCCUCCCUGCUGUCUGGACACGUGGUCACAGCCCUACCUGUGACUCUGUGGCAGAGUUCCCUGUCUAAUCCUAGCAGUCUGACACACAAGACAGAGUGACCAGUGAUGACCGUGUGCCUGAGGGCUGGCUGUUCUCUGUGGACAUUGUAGGAUCCUCCCUUGUCACUGCGUGCACAGACCCAGCAAGACUGUGGCAUGUUGUGUGCAGGCCACAGCUCCAGGAGUGGAGCAACCUCUGCCUCGAUGGGUACUUGGAACCCAGGGGACCCUGCAGGGGGAGUGAAGAUCCCCACCCUGCCUGGAGGGUCAGCAGAGGCAGCUGGGGUGUGUGGGGAGGACGGUGAGGGAUUCUCAGUCUGCCAGCUUCACCCAACAGCAAGGUCCCAGAGCCAGCAGCAACUGCUCCAUGCGCCUUUCUAUAGGGCGAUGCCAACCUGGACACCUCCCGUCCUUGUCGUGUGGUCAGAUCCGGCCUUCUGCCCACGCUAGGGCUUUGGGCUGGAGUCACUGGCCAUCCUGCUGAAUUCUGGCUCUAUCAGGUGCCUCACUCUUGUGAAAGCCACAGCCCAGAAGCUUCUGAGCAUGUGACUUCGAGGCCCCCUAAAGUCUCCAUUGUUUUGGGGGAGCCUCUCAGCCCGUUCCCUGUGAGCUUUGCCUCUCUGGACCCAAGUCCAGCCCCUUCCCUAGCACAAGCUUUCUCUACCGCGUGCAGG